UAAUCAUUUGCUCUGUCAGGGUCUUUUUCUUUUUUUUAAAUUGUUGCAAAAUUUAGUUCACAAAUUAAUUCGAAUCCCUUCAUCCUUGAAGGCAGAUAUGGUAUGACUAAGCAUAUUUUUAAAACUGGGUUAAAUCCUCCUGUCCCCUCCACCCUCCUAAAAGAAGCUGUUGUACAAAAGCAGGCAGGACUUUAGGCUCCUUGCUGAUUUGGGAGGCAUUUCUCACAACAAUUACCCAGCAGAGAAGUUACACCUGGACAUCCACAAAGUACAUCUUCGUACUACGUUGAGCUUGAGACUCUGAAGAAUUUCCAGAAAGAUGGCAGGGAAACCUAAACUGCACUACACUCGAGGAAGGGGAAAAAUGGAAUCUAUCCGCUGGUUACUUGCAGCAGCCGGAGUUGAGUUUGAAGAACAGUUUUUAGAAACCAAUGAAGAUUUGGAGAAGUUGCGGAGCGAUGGAAGCCUACUUUUCCAGCAAGUGCCCAUGGUGGAAAUUGACGGGAUGAAGAUGGUGCAAACGCGAGCCAUUCUCUGCUAUAUUGCAGCAAAAUACAAUCUUUAUGGAAAGGAUUUGAAAGAAAGAGCACUGAUUGACAUGUAUGUGGAAGGAACCACUGAUCUGAUGGGAAUGAUAAUGAUGUUUCCUUUACAGCCUGCUGAAAAUAAAGAAAAGCAAAGAGCCUUGAUUAUUGAAAGAGCUACAACCAGAUAUUUACCAGUAUAUGAGAAGAUCUUGAAAGACCAUGGACAAAAUUUUCUGGUUGGUAACCAAUUUAGUUGGGCAGAUGUUCACCUCUUGGAAGCUAUCUUAAUGGUUGAAGAAUUCAAGUCUGAUGCUCUCACUAAAUUUCCUCUGCUGCAGGCUUUCAAAACAAGAAUAAGCAAUAUCCCUACAAUAAAGAAAUUCUUGCAGCCUGGAAGUCAAAGGAAACCUCCACUGGAUGACAACAUGCUGGCACAAAUAAAAAAAAUAUUCAAUUUCUAAAGGGUUUUUCCAAAUACUGACAAAUUUCUACUAACAUGUUUUUUCCCAAUAUAUUGCUGAUUUUAACUGACCCUAUUAUUAGAAAAAUAAACUAAGUAAAAUUGCAAUUCCUUUUAGUUUUAUAAUCAGUAAAAUCAGUAAUUUAGAUGAAAAAGAUUUUUGAAGGCCUUUUCUCUAAAAUUGUGUAUAAUGCUGUUUUUUUCCACACACGCAACUAAAUUAAUAAAAUAAAUCUUACCCCCAGGAUAUUAUAUUAUUGCAGUUUAUACCUUUAAAAAAACCCCAGUGAUUCCUUACUUAUAAUGACAUUAACUCGUCUCUGUAGUUGUUACUAUAUAGUAAUAAUUUUUUAAAAAGAACUCAAUAAAUUUCUCUUUUGUUACUACGUAAAA